UUUUGUUAAUUACUAAAAUGAAUGAACCAGAGGACCCAGGUGGAACCCUGAAACGACCCAAAAUUGCUCGUAAAAGAGGCGCGAAGGAAUGUGGACCUGAAAUAGGCGGCGGUGAGGAUGACUUUAUUCCGUUUUUUAAGCCAGGUUAUCUGAGACUUUAUCCUGAACAUUGUACUAAUACCGACUUCAAAGUUUUUGUUGAAAGCCAGGACCAACAGGUUAAACUUGGAAAUAAAAGCCCAGUUUACUUAAAUAAUAUUUUUACUUCGGAGGUGAAAGGUGUGGUAGUGUUACAUAGAGUAAAUGCCAACAAAAUUGCGGUUGUUUUUAAACAAUACAACACUGCAAAUAAUUUCAUCACAAAUACGGACUUUUUAACAAAGCACAACUUAAAGGCACAUAUUCCAGCAGCGCAGAUAGAAAAAACUAGAAUCAUUCUAUAUGUGCCUAUCAGCAUUUCGAACAAGGAAUUGUAUACGAAACUGUCUUCGAUUUAUGAAAUUAUUUCAGUGAGAAGAUUUACGAAGAAGGUCGGUCAAAGUACUGUAGGUCUCGAGACUGUCAGUAUAACUUUCUUGUCAAAUGUUCUGCCCGACAGCAUCCAAUAUGAUCUAUUUUCGUUCAGGGUGUUUGAAUAUGUCCCGCCCUUGCAGCAAUGCUUCCGGUGCUUCAAGUUCAACCAUCCUGCAAAAAUUUGUAAUGGUAAACAACGAUGCUCGAUAUGUGCUGGGGAGCAUAAUUUCAGAGAUUGUGAUAAAAAAGAGAACUUAUGUUGUGUUAAUUGCAGUGGCCCUCACUUGGCCAUAUCCAAAUCUUGCCCAAUAAAAAUGAAAAAAAUACUUGAAAAAAAGGGUAACAUUACUUAUGCCUCUGUGGCUAAUACAAUUACAUCAACUGAUUUUCCGUCUUUACCUGCACAGUCGAGCAACGUUGUUAAGACUCUACCAUCAAUAAGCCAAAAUGUACAUAAAUAUAAAAAUAAAAAAAUUGUAAGUAAUGUAAAUAAAACAAUGCCUGAACCCGACUUGAAUCAAGCACAACUCAAGUCUGAAAUUGUAAAUAAUAAGAAUAUUCUGAUGGCGAUGGUUCAAACAUUAGUUGAAUUGGGUAAUAAAUCAGACAAUGAGCCCAUGACUACUCUGGUUAUUAAAGACUUACUUUUAAAAAAUCUGUCACAUUAA